CUUUCGUUUUACUUCAAAAUGUAGAUUUAAUAAAUUUAUUACCCCUUUUGAUUCCGUCAAAAGUCGGAACAUUGUAUGACCCCCUUUCCAGAAGUAAAAGGAGAGACUUCUUUGCAAUGGCGGCCCAGGGUGUCCAUUCCUGCGAAUUCGAGGUAUUCGGCAGGGUGCACGGCGUCAACUUCCGGCGGCAUACCCUGCGAAAAGCGAAGAUCCUGGGUCUGCGCGGCUGGUGCAUGAACUCCGGCAGGGGCACCGUGAAGGGUUACAUCGAGGGUCGUCCCGCCGAGAUGGAUGUGAUGAAGGAGUGGCUCAGGACGACGGGCAGUCCACUCUCCAGCAUCGAGAAGGUGGAGUUCAGUUCUCAGCGGGAGCGCGAUCGGUAUGGCUAUGCCAACUUUCACAUCAAGCCCGAUCCGCACGAGAGGCGCCCAGUUCACGAAGCAUUGGGCAGUAGUUCCAGCCACAACGAUAGCCAUUAGCGGAUUUUUGACGGAACCACAAAAUUAAACGUAUGAAUUGUGCUUAAAAUAAAAGGGAAUUUUGGUAUGAAAGGAA